AUGACUAUUUUAAAAAAAGUGUACACUCUUGUAUUCCUAAGAAAAGACAACAAAAUAUUGCUGGGUCUCAAGAAACGAGGUUUUGGCGUAAACAAAUGGAAUGGAUUUGGCGGGAAAGUCGAGCCUAAUGAGACUAUUCUUGAAGCAGCAGCACGGGAAUUAAAAGAAGAAUCUUGUGUUGAUGUUAAAACUAGUGAAUUACAAAAUAUAGCUCAUUUGGAGUUUACAUUCGAAGGUGAUCCCACUAUGAUGGAUGUAAGAGUAUUUUCUGCAAAUGUUUUCCAAGGUGAACCUAAAGAGACAGAAGAAAUGAUACCAAAGUGGUUUGAACUUAAUGCAAUACCCUAUAAUGACAUGUGGCCUGAUGAUAAUAUUUGGUUCCCACUUAUGUUAAGUGGUAAAUUAUUUUAUGGAAUAUUUAAUUUUAAAGGAUUCAAUACAAUAUUAAACUAUAACAUUCAAGAGUUAGAAUCAAUGGAAGCUUUCUACAAAAUACAUAAGUAA